GCGCGGGCUGCCCGCCCGGGGCAGGCUACGGCGCCUGCUGCCACGAUGCCUCCCCGCUCGGGCUGGCUGCUGUGCUGCCUCGGCGCGGCGCUCGCCUUGGACGCCUCGCUGAUGCCCCCCGCCUACAACGGCACGCAGGAAGGCGCCCGCCUCUUCGCCCGCGACUACAACGGCACCGGCGAGACCGUCUUCUUCCAGAGCGUCUCGGCCAGCUGGGAUUACAACACCAACCUGACGGACUUCAACGCCCAGCGGCAGGUAGCAUCCUCUUUAGAGGAGCAAGAAUUCACAGAACUUUGGGGGAAGAAAGCAAAGGAGACCUAUGGCCAGAGCUGGCAAAACUUCACUGAUACUCAGCUGAGGAAAAUCAUCAGUUCCAUCCAGAUCUUAGGGCCUUCAAAUUUACCCAUGGAUAAGCGACAUCAGUAUAACACUAUCCUGAGUGAGAUGGACAGCAUCUACUCCACUGCCAAAGUGUGUCCACCAAACCAGACCUCCAGCUGUUGGUCACUGGAGCCAGAGAUAACAGACAUCAUGGCCAACUCUCGCAGCUACAGGAAACUGCUCUACGCCUGGGAAGGGUGGCACAAUUCAGCCGGCAACCCUCUAAGGUCCAAGUAUGAGGAAUUCGUUUUACUUAGCAAUGAGGCCUAUAAAAUGGAUGGCUUCAAAGAUACUGGAGCUUAUUGGCGGUCCUGGUAUGACUCACCAACUUUUGAGGAUGAUCUGGAACAACUCUAUCAUCAGCUGGAACCACUUUACCUAAAUCUGCAUGCUUAUGUCAGGAGGAAACUGUACCAGCAGUACGGGUCUAAAUACAUCAACCUGAAAGGCCCCAUUCCAGCUCACUUACUGGGUAAUAUGUGGGCCCAGCAAUGGAAUAACAUUUAUGAUAUGCUGAUCCCUUUCCCGAACAAGCAAAGUCUCGAUGUCACCAACACCAUGAAGGAGCAAAAAUGGAACGUAACACACAUGUUCCGGACGGCGGAGGAGUUCUUCACUUCACUUGACAUGCUUGAAAUGCCGCUUGAAUUCUGGGAGAAAUCCAUGCUGGAGAAGCCAACGGACGGGCGGGAGGUGGUGUGCCAUGCAUCGGCGUGGGACUUCUACAAUCGCAAAGACUUCAGAAUAAAGCAGUGCACAACCAUCACGAUGGAGCAGCUCUUCACAGUACACCAUGAGAUGGGGCAUGUUGAAUACUACCUGCAAUAUAAGGACCAACCCAUCACCUUCCGCAGCGGGGCCAACCCUGGCUUCCACGAAGCAAUUGGGGAUGUCAUGAGCUUGUCCGUCUCCACCCCCAUCCACCUCAAGAAAAUUGGGUUGCUCAGCAAAGUCACUGAGGAUGCAGAGAGUGAUAUCAAUUAUCUGCUGAAAAUGGCCAUGGAGAAGAUCGCCUUCCUGCCCUUUGGCUACCUGAUAGACCAGUGGCGAUGGAACGUCUUCAGUGGGCGCACGGCUCCAAACCGCUACAAUUAUGACUGGUGGUACCUGAGAACGAAAUACCAGGGGAUUUGCCCUCCCAUUGCAAGAAAUGAAACAAACUUUGACCCUGGUGCUAAAUAUCACAUCCCUGGCAACACACCUUAUAUCAGGUACUUUGUCAGUUUCAUCCUACAAUUCCAGUUCCACAAGGCCCUUUGCCAAGCUGCCAACCAUACCGGCCCUCUUCAUACCUGUGACAUCUACGAAUCAAAAGUAGCUGGACAGAAGCUCAGUGAAGCAUUAAAGGCUGGAUCUUCCCAGCCCUGGCAGGAUAUUCUCGAACAACUCACUGGCACAAAAAAGAUGGAUGCUACAGCAUUGCUGGAAUAUUUUGGCCCUGUUACAACAUGGCUGCAAGAGAAGAACAAGCAAACUAAUGAAACGCUGGGCUGGCCAGACUUUGAGUGGCGUCCCCCCAUCCCAGAGGGCUAUCCCGAAGGCCUUGAUAAAAUAACCGAUGAAGCAGUGGCUGAAACUUUCUUGGAAGAGUACAACAGUACAGCCGAAGUGGUGUGGAAUGCUUACACGGAGGCCUCUUGGGCAUACAACAUCAAUAUCACAGAUCAUAACAAACAGAUAAUGCUACAAAAGAACCUGGACAUGUCAAACCAUACGUUACACUAUGGCCGCCGGGCUCGGAUGUUUGAUUCCACUGAUUUCAAGGAACCCAGAAUAAAGCGUAUUCUGAAGAAACUGAGUGACAUAGAGCGGGCAGCCCUGCCUGAAAAUGAGCUGAAGGAGUAUAAUCAGAUCCUCUCAGACAUGGAGACCACUUACAGUAUAGCCAAGUACUGCAACGACGAGAACGUUUGCAUGGCAUUGGAUCCUGAACUUACAGACACCAUGGCCCAGUCGAAAGACUAUGAUGAGCUCCGUCGCUCCUGGAAAGGCUGGCGGGAUGCAUCAGGAAAGAAAAUCCGAAACCAGUAUAAGCGAUAUGUAGAACUGAGCAAUAAGGCUGCCAGAUUGAAUGGUCAUGCAGACAACGGUGCCUUCUGGAGGUCUCUCUAUGAAAUGCCAACUUUUGAAGCUGAUCUGGAGAGCAUCUGGAAACAGCUCCAACCCUUGUACUUCAAUCUGCAUGCCUAUGUGCGUCGGGCACUCUACAUGAAGUAUGGCGAAGACUACAUUAACCUCAGGGGCCCUAUCCCAGCGCACUUGCUAGGAAACAUGUGGGCACAGUCAUGGGCAAACAUUUUUGACCUCGUCAUUCCUUUCCCCGCUGCUAGCAAAGUCGAUGCUACACCAGCCAUGAAAAGCCAGGGCUGGACUCCAAAGAGGAUGUUUGAACAGUCUGACAGUUUCUUCCAAUCACUGGGCCUCAUUCCUAUGCCACCCGAGUUCUGGAAUAACUCCAUGCUGGAAAAGCCAACAGAUGGAAGAAAAGUGGUCUGCCAUGCCUCAGCCUGGGACUUCUACAACCGCAAGGACUUCAGGAUUAAGCAAUGCACUGUUGUGAAUAUGGAUGAUUUGAUAACAGUUCACCACGAAAUGGGCCAUGUCCAGUACUUUCUGCAGUACAAAGACCAGCCCAUCUCAUUUCGUGACGGGGCUAAUCCAGGAUUCCAUGAAGCCAUUGGAGAUGUCAUGGCCUUAUCGGUGUCCACUCCAAAGCAUUUGUACAGCAUCAAGCUGCUGAAUGAGAUAGGAGACAAUCAGGAGAGUGACAUUAACUACUUGAUGAGCAUUGCACUGGAUAAAAUUGCUUUCCUGCCCUUUGGCUACUUGAUGGAUCAGUGGAGAUGGAAAGUGUUUGAUGGGCGCAUUUCGGAAGAUGAGUACAAUCAACAGUGGUGGAAUCUCAGAUUGAAGUACCAAGGUUUAUGCCCACCAGUGCCAAGAUCAGAGGAAGAUUUUGAUCCAGGGGCAAAAUUUCAUAUCCCUGCCAAUGUCCCAUAUGUCAGAUACUUCGUCAGUUUUGUAAUCCAGUUCCAGUUCCACCAAGCUCUGUGCAAAGCUGCUGGCCACACAGGACCGUUGCACAAAUGUGACAUCUACCAGUCUAAAGAAGCUGGAGCAAUCCUGGGGAAUGCCUUGAAGCUUGGCUUCAGCAAGCCGUGGCCAGAAGUCAUGCAACUUAUCACAAUGCAACCCAACAUGUCGGCAGCGGCUUUGCUGACAUAUUUUCAACCACUGACAGACUGGCUCGUCAACAAGAACAUACAAAAUAAGGAAACUCUGGGAUGGCCGGACUAUACCUGGAUGCCCCCUGCGGGCCAAGUACAAGCAAGCGACAAAGUCAGUUUCCUUGGGAUGGCGUUGAGCAACAAUCAAGCCGCAGCGGGCCAGUGGAUCUUACUUUCUAUUGGGCUCCUCCUCCUCAUUGCAACGAUAGCCUUUGGGGUCAUAACAUUAAUUAGCAGGACUCGGACCUUCAAAUCUGGCUCGGAAAUGGAGUUGAAAUAAGUUGUAUGUUUUUAAUCUCUUCUGCUGUGCCUCCAUGUGAAUGUGCAACGGGCCGGUGGGAGGCUGUGUGUGCACAUGUGUGUGUGUCAGAGUGCAGCAAGAAUGGUGUAAUCUGAAUGUGUGCGUGGUCAUAAAUGUUCAGUGGACUUGUAUAGAAAUGCAUGUGGGCUGUAUGUGUGUAUGUGUGUCUGAGAAAGAGAGAGAGAGAGCGGGAGGUGUAUAUCAGUAAGGUCUAAAGAUUGUGUUUGUAUGUACCCAUAAGUCUGGUGAGAAUGCAAGCAUACAGGGUGAGAGAAUGUGUGUUUUGUGUGCAUAUAUACACACUGCAUGUCUGCACACAGGAGUUCUAUGAUAUAAUGUGCAUGUAUAGGGGCGGUGGGUACAUGUACAUGUGUGCAUCUAAUUUCUAAGGCCUAAUUCAAGUGUGGACAACUACUAGGUGCAUGUGCUCACUGAUCCAGCUUGUGUAGGCUACUGUGAAGACCAGCCUUGUAUAAGCAGGGCAGUUGUGCCAAAAAAGGCACGGGACUCUUUUCUUCUAAUCAGUGCAACAAACCUUUUGAUUAUGCAAGAGCCAAAGCAAAAAAUAAUAAUAAUGUUUGUUUAUUGCAAAUGUCUCAAUUCUUGAAAGAAGAAAAACAAAGAAAAGGAAUGAAGAAUGGGACAUUCUGAUCAGGUUUUGAUGGUGGGAAUCAAAGUGGACUCAGUGAAGUUUGGAUACAUUAAUCUGGGGGAGAUUAUGAAUUCUGCAAGGAUUCCUAUGGGUCUAGCAGGUGGUAUGUUGUGCACAGGGGUCUACUGGGUUUCUCCAAAUGUUGGAGGCGCAUUGUGUGUUUUUGCUUCAGGCAGACUGUGUGCUGCAUGGAUGACAAACUGAAUCACAGUCUCCACAAUCUCAAUAGCGCCACCAUUUCUCAUGAACAAGGAAAGGGGCAGAUCAAGAUGAAUUCAUUUUCUCCAAAGAAAAAGCUUAUGUGCAGUAGUGGAGCAGGUACAUUUUGGAGUACAGGCACUCAUCAUGACAGCCCCCAUAGACACACCCAUAAGGAGAGUAAAAAAUGCCAGCACUUGUGUUGAUCCGUCUCUCCUCUAUUAAGUCUUCUAAUCCCCCUUUAAAGCCAUCCAAAUUUGGGUCCAUCACUACAUCUUGUGGCAGUGAAUUCCAUUGUUUGACUAUGAGCUAUGUGAAGAAGUAUUUCCUUUAUCUGAUCUGAAUCUCUCACUAAUCAGCUUUAUAGGAUGACCCCGGGUUCUAGCAUUAUGAGAGAGGGAGAAAAAAUGUCUCCCUAUCCACCUUCUCCACAUCAUGCAUAAUUUUGUACACCUCUGUCAUGUCUCCCUUUAUCCUCCUUUUCCCCCAAGCUAAAUAAUCCCAGUGGUUGUAACCUUCCCUUUUAGGGCAGUUGCUCCAGUCCCUUGCCUUUUCUGAACUUUUUCCAACUCUACAAUAUCCUUUUUUAAGUGCAGUGACCAGAAAUGUACACAAUAUUGUGUGGACACACAAUAGAUUUGUAUAAGGGCAGUAUGAUACUGGCAGUUUUAUUCUCAAUUGCUCUCCCAAUUAUGCAUAACAUGGAAUUUCACAGCAGCCACUGCUUUUUCACAGCAGCUGCACACUGGGUUGACGUUUUCAUUCAAUUAUCCACCAUAAUCCCAAGAUCUCCUUCUUGUUCAGUCACUCAGAUCCCAUCAGCAUACACAUAAAGUGGGGUUCCCCACCCCCUUAUUGUACAUCCAUGCAGUCUACUGGAUAUUUUUUUUUCAGAGGGAGGCAAAACUGCACAGCAGUUUGUGGUUCUAAGUCAUGUGCAUAGCAUGCACCACUACAACACACCUGUGCCAUUUCCUGGUGUGUGCUCUUUAUUGAUUAGCAUCACAUUCCAAGACAUUUAGAAGCCUACACAGAGGAGUAGAAGGUCCUGGGAACUGAACAACACUAAUGCAGAAAAGAGUGUAAUAUUCAAGAACAUUAUGAACUCCAACAAAAGUUUAUUUGGAGUGAGGGAUAAAAAAAACAAAAACCAAUUGGGGCUGAUUGGACUUGACAUCCCAAACAUCUGAAGGGUACCAAUUUGGGGAAGGGCGCUCUAGAGAGUUGCGUGGAGUCUGUGGUGAGUGUCUUUAGCAGUAGAACAAGAAAUAAAUAUGCAUGAUCAGGUUUUAGGAUUCUAGAGAAGCCUGGACUACUCACUUUACUUUUAACAUUGUUGUCAGCCACUUUUUACACCAGCUGACAAGACAACUUUUGUAUGGCUUGAAUUUUGAACUACAGCAAUGUUGUUUUGAAA